CGCCACGGAGGAUAGAAGGAAGAAGGCGUACGUGGCGGAGACGUGGAGGGUGGCUCGCGUGCCAAGAAGAUGCGACUGUUCGCGUGGCCUGGCAGCGUGACUCGCGGUGGACUCAUAAACGAUGAAUUGGCGGGCAGCGAUGUUGGCUCGAGAGACGCGGCAGCAGCAGGAGAAGCAGCGGAGGAGGCAGCAGCAGCCACGGCAGCCAGCAAAUCGGUAGAUUGGACGCGCGAUCGGGCGAACACCACGGGGAAACCAUCCGCUUGGCAUGUACGUCAUCUAUCCGGCAGACGAGUUGCUGCGUAUCUAUGAGAGCCCGGAUCCCCGUGAUCCCUGCCGCCCAGUGUUGACCGGGGAUCGCCGUGCGAGUUGUCAAGUGGCCGUGAUCGCUGUCGACGCCGAGUGCGGCAACCAGCAGCGCGCCAGAGGCCACGAGGGCAACGCGUGGACGAGGAAGGAGAGGAGACGGGAGCGCGGGCGUACGACGCGCAGGAGGAGGGCGAGCAAGGGUAUCCGCGGCGAGCAACACGUCACGACACGGACUAUGCAAAACAGCCGCGCUGCCGCCGCCGAGGAUCCCGGCAAUCCUCUCAAGGAUCUCACCCAGCCGGGGCUCAAUGAGCCGCUCAAGCAGCACAAUGCGGCCACCCUUAAGCUGGUGCAGACCGUGUCAGAAUUCGCUCAAGAGUUGGGCGCUGCGAUGGAGAGCCAUUCGGUGAACGUUCGUCGGCUGGUCGACGAAUUUCGUAGCCGAUCCGGGGAGACCAGAGUCGAUUCGGGAGGAAUGCGCCGAGUUUGGGAAAGUUUACUGCGCCAGGUACAAUCGGAUGCAGAAGCUCACUUAGACUUGGCCGCAGUCCUCCAACAGCAGCUGUCCAGACCCACUUUGGAAGCCAGCUUUCAUCGUAAAGUCCAGUCUAAAAAGGUAUUUUCUCAUAGAGAAGCUUACGAACAGGUGGUUUCCAAGGCCGAGGAGAAAUUGCAGCGUGCCCGAGCGGAUUACAAACGCGCUUACGCAGCGCUGCUGACGGUAGAUGGCGGAAGCGAGCAGGAGCUGAAACGCGCCUACUACGAGGCGCAUAACGCGUACAUUCUUCAAUUGAGAGCCACGAAUGCCAUCACAGAACGGUAUCAAUCGCAAUGCCUGCCCGGCCUUCUUGGCGAAAUAGCGGAAGUUUACGAGGAGUUAUGCGGAUUGGCUUGCAAAUGCAUGGUUGGCAUAUCGGAGGCUGCCGCGGAGCGGGCCAGGGAGCAGACAAAGCGUUAUCAGGCAGUUGCCAAAGAGGCUCAAGUUGUCGUGCCUAUGAACGAUUUGCAAAUCUUGGCACGAAAUCUAUCAGCAACUGCAACCCCGUCCAAGAAACCCUCGAGGCGGCUUUUCGUGGCACCUGGCCCUCCUGAACAGGUUUCUAUGGAAAGAAUCAAUCAGAUACCUUCCCUGAGGGACGAGCUAGCCCCAACAGGAACAAGCACUCUGCCCCUGAUGGAAGAUUUACGACGGGAAUACGAUAGUCUUACUCAAGAGAUCACUCGACUCCAGGACGCUUUGGAUGCGCUAAUUCGCAUGCAACGAAAGAGCGCUGAAAGCAAUCUGUACACGAAAGUGGCCGAGUUGCAAGAGGACAUCUCCAUGAAGCGUUUUGCACUCGGGGAGACGCAACUAUACCUUGCAGCUGUGCAAGCACAGAAAGAGCUGUUCGGGGCUGGAGAAGCCGGCCAACCGGAUGGGGUGAGCAGCCGGAAGAUGUCGAAUGGCUCUACCGGAAGCACCAAGCACAAAUGGUUGAAAGCAUUCAAGAGCUUGAAGACCAGCUCCCCGACGACUCCUCCAUCAGCUGACAAAGGAAAACAGGCGAUGUACCAUGCCGUUUCUACAGUCGUCGCCAUGUCCAGGAAAAGUUUGGAGUCGGAGGGUGGGCAUUCUUGGCGCGAAUACACGUAUCGAAAGAUAACUCCCUGCGAUGCCUGUGGCCAAGUGUUGCGCGGUCACAGCCGCCAAGGUGUCAGGUGUCGCGGUUGCAAGGCGAACGCUCACACCGACUGCAUCAACCUGGUGCAACCGGCCAUGUGCCCCAGCGUUGCGCCCAAAAAGAGUGGCGGAAUCCCUCUUUUACGUCGGCAAAAGACACAGGCUCAGGUGGAUGAAACCACAACUGCUGAAUACAAAAGAGAUGUUGAAGAUUAUGUAAUUCCAUUGCAUAGUUGUAUAUAA